AUCGAUAGGUGGCACUGUUUUUCCCAUCUCUAGCCAAGAAAAAGCCGUCAAAUCAUCCUCUGCUCACAUUUAAACUAACAUUUGCUUUUUGUAUUUAAAUUCCAAUUAAAUCUCCAAUAUGAGUACUAUUGGCACCGGUUACGACUUGUCGGCCUCACAAUUCUCGCCGGACGGUCGGGUCUUCCAGAUCGACUAUGCAUCCAAGGCGGUGGAGAAGAGUGGCACUGUGAUCGGUUUGCGAGGCAAAGACUGCGUGGUACUAGCUGUGGAGAAGAUUAUCUUCAGCAAGUUGUACGAGGAGGACGCAGCCGGACGCAUUUUCACCAUUGAAAAGAAUAUUGGAAUGGCUGUAGCGGGUCUGGUGGCCGAUGGAAAUUAUGUGGCGGACAUUGCUCGCCAGGAAGCGGCCAACUUUCGGCAGCAGUUCGAGCAUGCCAUCCCGCUAAAGCACCUCUGUGAACGGGUUGCUGGGUACGUUCAUGCCUACACUCUGUACAGUGCCGUCCGACCAUUCGGACUUUCAAUCAUAUUUGCCUCUUGGGAUGAGGUGGAAGGCCCCCAGCUUUACAAAAUUGAGCCCUCCGGUUCCUCCUUUGGCUACUAUGCUUGCGCCAGUGGAAAAGCAAAGCAACAGGCCAAGACAGAGAUGGAGAAGUUAAAGCCCAACAUGGAAACGGAAGAGCUUAUAAAAAGUGCGGGUGAAAUCAUCUACAAGGUCCAUGACGAUCUGAAGGACAAGGACUUCCGAUUUGAAAUGGGUCUUGUGGGCAGGGAUACAAAUGGCCUGCAUCGCAUUAAUCCUGCCGAUUAUACCGAGAUGGCGAGGAAUGCUGGAGAUGCCGCCAGAAAGGAAGACGACAGCGAUAAUGAGACUCAUUAAUCAAUUCUGGCAGUGAAUCUAAUUCUGGGCCUAAACAUAUUACAUUAAUUUUAUAUUCCCGUAAAGCGCAAAAUGUAUGCAGAGAUCUGGUUUGAAA